CGUCAUCACCUCGCACCCGGCCUUGAGAAGGACCCCACCCCACCCCCCAGUGGUUGGAAGACCCUGUGGGGGCGACCACAACACUGCCCGAGGACAGUCUGAGAUCUCCUCUGGGCGAGACUCAUCAGAAGGGGGGUGGAAAGCACCGCAACCCUGCGGCCCCCAGAGAAGUUCUACCGCGCUGCUUUCCGGGUGGUGGCGCAGUGACCCCCGCGACCGACAGGCACCACACCAGGCAGCCGGCCCUCCGCUGUCAAAACUGAGCGGGGCUGGCAGGUGGGGCGGCCGCGCUGGGGACACGGGGACUCCGGGUGGGACCGUGUCAGAGGAGGAUGCCUGCCAGGGCGCGCGUCCCACCGCCUGCCUCAGGGCACGAGAGACAGGCGAGGAUGCAGCUGGAGUCUAAGAUCAAGGGUCCCCCCGCUCCGCCAUCAGGGAGUCUGAUAGGGGGUCAUCAGUCUUAGCGCCAUCAUCUCUCACGCAGAGGGGUCUCAGUCAUCAUGGAGGACCCCCACACCAGAGAGACCGUGGAGCAGCAGGAUUUGUCUGAGGAGAAGAGCCCCCAAAGUCCGGGAGGCAACAUCUGCCACCUGGGGACCCUGCAGUGCACCCGCUGCCUCAUCACCUUCGCGGAUUCCAAGUUCCAGGAGCGGCACCUGAAGCGGGAGCACCCGGCCGACUUCGUGGCCCAGAAGCUGCAGGGGGCGCUGUUCAUCUGCUUCACCUGCGCGCGUUCCUUCCCCUGCUCCAAGGCCCUGCUCGCCCACCAGCGCGGGCACGCCCCCGCCGCCAGGCCCUGCCCGCUGCCCGCACCCGCACCUGCACCCGCACCCGCGCCCGCACCUGCACCCGGCCCCGCCCAGCCCGCCGCCUUCCCUUGCCCGGAUUGCGGCAAGGCCUUCGGGCAGGCCGCUUCUCUAAGGCGGCACCGCCAGGCGCACGAGGCCCGUCGCCCCCCUGGCCCCUUCGCCUGCACCGAGUGCGGCCAGGACUUCACCCAGGAGGCCGGGCUGCACCAGCACUACAUCCGGCACGCCCGGGGGGAGCUCUGAGCCUGGCUUCGGGCAUCCUGGAGAGGGGUGUGUGCGCGCGCGUGUGCGUGUGGUGUGCGUGUGGUGCAUGUGUGUGUGUGUGUGUGUGUGUGUGUGCGUGUGUGUGUGCGUGUGUGUGUGUGUGGUGGUGUGUGUGUGUAGCGGGGGAGGGCUGUGGCUGGCAGGACCCACCUGUGACAUGCCAAGGGGGUCCUGUUGGGGUUUCAGACCCGCCCCUGGAAAAGCAGAAGGUUCUGGAUAAAAAGGACCCAGAAUAAGCUCAUUUCCAGCCACAGUGUUUGGAGACCAUAAAAGCCUUCAGGGAAGCAGCGAGAGGCAAUCAGGAGAUCUUUUGUCUAAAAAAGAAAAAAGAGAUGAGCAAGAAAGGGUGGGGGGGGGGGAUUGUUCUUUGUGACUCCCUUGUUCCCAGCUAAAUAGUUUGAAAUCACAGCAAGUAGCAGCGGAUUGUGUAAUCACCUUUAAUUUUCCCCAGAUGGAUGCUGCCAGCUGUAUGGAGGGGGGAAAAAAGGAGGGGGGCUGCUGGCUGUAUCUCUGGAUGGGGGCAGGGAAGAACUGUCACUGACUGGCCUGUGAUGUCAGCAGAUCGGCCUAGAGGCAGAGCAUUUUGUGCCUUUGGGGACAGGGCAGCUGAAUUGAGGUGGGGGUUGGGGGAACCGUGUUCUGAGGCCUGUGGGAGCUGCAUUUCAUCUCCUGUCUGCCCCAUCCCAUCCACCCCCACCCCAUCUUUCCCACUCAAGGAGGGGGCCGUGGUAUCCGUCCCCCGCAGAUAAUUUAUUGCCCGUUUAAAUUAUUUUGUGUACAGUUCAGGUCAUGGAAUAUAUUUUGUAUGUGUAGGUGAUGUGACAAAGAAGCUAACAUGUUAUAUCUGAGAACAGAAAAGAUAUAAAUGAAUGAAUGAAUAAAUGAAUGUCAGUGGCUG